AUGGGAUAUUACUUAACCGAUGGUAUUUACCCCAAGUAUGCAACUCUCAUUCAAACGAUUCCUCAUCCUGUAGAAAAAUUAUUUGCUCGAAAACAAGAGGCUGUCCGAAAAGAUGUAGAACGUGCAUUUGGUGUGUUACAAAUUAGAUGGGGCAUAACACAAGGGCCUGUACGCUAUUGGUCAAAAACAGAUCUAUGUGACAUAAUGAAAACUUGUAUUAUCCUUCAUAAUAUGAUUAUAGAAGAUGAACGAGAAACUGAAUACGACGUAUGGAAACCUUUGCCAGAAGAAAAUAUUUUUCCUCCCGAAUAUGGUCGAGAUCCAUCAAUUCUUGUGUCUCACAUCUCGGCGCGUCUUGGUCGAAUUCGCAAUCGCCGAACCAAUGAAGUCUUGAGAUCUGAUCUUACAAACCAUUUGUGGAAUAUCUUUGGAGAUGAGGAGGCUUAA